ACACCGUUAAUUGGAGGAACGUUUACCAACCCUAGUAAGAAUCUGUAGAAGCAGGAAAAACCCGAGAGGAUAGACAAAACCAAACGAAAGAAGAAAGAGCGAUGAGAGAGAGAGAGAUUUGCUGUUGCCGACUGUUGAGAGUUGAGCCAUCUAUCUCGCGUCCACUUAAAAGCGCGUGGUGGCGGGGAAGGAACCGGAGGAGCCAAAUACAGAGUGCCCCUGAAACUCAGACUCAAACUCAGUAACUCACUACUCCUCCCCCCACCUUUCUUUUCUCAUAAAAUAAAUAAUAAAAUAAAUAUGAUGCAUUUUCUUCUCAGCGGAAUUUCCCCCAUUACAUAAAUUCCAAACAUUUUCUGGAUUUUGUCAGCUCUUCCCCCUUUCCACUUCCUUCCUUCCUUCCAACGCCAAAAAAAACAACUCUCUGCCUCUUGCCGCGCCAGGGAAGGAGGAAGAAGAAGAAGCAAGCAAGCAAGCCGAUAAUAAAGAUUCCAAGACUCUGAAUAAUACUCUGAUAGUAUAGUAUGAACCACAGCUUCCAAAACACUCUUCCUCUGCUUCCCAAUCUCCAUUCCCUCUUCUUCUUCUUCUUCCCCUCGCCGACCCGCUGAAGGAAAGAUUUCCCCUCUCUCUCUCUCUCUCUCUCUCUCUCGCCCAGAUUCCACCACCACCUUCGUAUGGCCAAGACGGAAGUGUUCGAUUCCGAUCCCACCCACAUGGCCAGAGCAGCGGAAUUGAAGAGGGAACUCCAGAAGCUCGUCAACAGCAUUGUCGGCAACGAGGAUUACCGCACCGAGACCAUCGAUCAGGCGAAUGACACCCUCCGUGCUCUCAAGGACCUCAAGCUGAGGGGCAGGAAGAGAUCCCCUCUCUCUAUCGAGGUCCCCAACCGCCAGUCGGAGAGCGUGUCGUCGCCGGCACCGCCCACUUGCCCGGAGGAGUUCAAGUGCCCUCUUUCCAAGGAAUUGAUGAGAGAUCCUGUGAUUUUGUGUACUGGGCAGACCUAUGAUAGGCCAUUCAUUAACAAAUGGCUGGAAACAGGCAACCGAACUUGCCCUCUAACCCAACAAGUCCUCUCCCACACAAACCUGACUCCAAACCACUUGAUCCGGGAAAUGAUAUCACACUGGUGCAAGAAUCAUGGCCUUGAGCUGCCUGACCCGAUCCAUUACACGAACGUGGAAGGAAUAACAUCGUCAGAUCGCGACCGGUUUAUAUCCUUGCUCGAGAAGCUGUCUUCAGCGCUUCCCGAGCAGCAAGAAGCUGCUAAGGAGCUUCGUCGACUGACCAAAAGAACCCCUUCCUUCCGAGCACUGUUUGGGGAGUCAGACAAUGCCAUCCCUCAAUUGCUCAGUCCACUCUCUGGCAACAAGUCUGGAAGCUCGGUCCAUCCGGAACUUCAAGAAGAUGUGAUCACCACCCUCCUCAACCUAUCGAUACACGACAACAACAAGAAGCUCGUAGCUGAAACGCCAAUGGUGAUCCCUCUUCUCAUGGAAGCACUGAGGGCUGCCACCACUGCAACUAGGGCUAAUGCUGCUGCAACCCUUUUCACACUGUCUGCACUUGAUUGUAACAAGGUGCUUAUUGUGAAGUCCGGUGCGUUGAAACCGCUGCUCGACCUCCUGGAAGAAGGGAAUCCCCUGGCUAUGAAGGAUGUCGCCUCGGCAAUUUUCAAUCUGUGCCUUGUGCAUGAGAACAGGGCUCGAGCGGUGAAGGAUGGUGCCGUGAGGGUGAUUCUGAAGAAGAUAAUGGAAGGGGUUUUGGUGAAUGAGCUGUUGGCUAUACUUGCUAUGCUUUGUAGUCACCAGGGGGCUAUCAUUGACAUGGAGGAACAGGGUGGAGUUCCUUGUCUGCUGCAAAUUAUGAGGGAGAGCUCAUGCGAACGAAGCAAGGAGAACUGCAUUGCCAUCCUUCAUACGAUCUGCUUCUACGACCGGAGCAAGUGGAAAGAGGUGAAGGACGAGGAGGGUUCAUAUGGGACGAUCUCUAAACUUGCCAAGGAUGGAACUUCGAGGGCCAAGAGGAAGGCAAACAGCAUUCUGGAGAGGUUUAACAGGGCUGUCAAUCUUACUCACACAGCCUGAUCAUAUAUGCUGGGAUAUAUCACUACUGGGUAUCGAUGUAAAUUCUUCAUCUGGGUUUCUGGCAAAACUUUGCUUCUGGUGGGUCAUCAAUUGCAUAUGGAUGACGGGGAUCUUCAUAUAUGUCUGUAUAUUCUCUUCUGCAGCUGAGGUUUGUGGCUAGCCAUCUGUGAAUAAAAUAGACCAUGAGCUUUGUGAUUUGAAAAAAAGGACAAAGAGUUGGAAAAAAAGAAGAAGAGAAACAAUGGAGUUUUUUCUCUUGUCCUAAUCUUUUUUGUAGGCCUACCAUAUUUUCUGGAUAUUAUUACUAGUAAGAGUUUUGGCAGCUUCAGAUGUGUGCUAGCAAUAGCACAGCAGUAGUUAGGUUGUAGUAGUAACGUUGUGUCAUCCAUGGCCCCCUCGCUCACAUGUUAAUAAUUCCCCUCCAUUAGAUUUGUCUGUCAGUUAAUGGGUCCAGUCCAACUGUGUUGUGUUUGCAUCCCACUGUUGACUGUUACAGCUUUGGAUGGUAAUAUUUUACUAGAAAGAUUUCUCAAGUCUCUUAAAAUUGUCUA